AACAACGUUGGUUUUAUUAAAUGCCCGGACGGAGGGCGUUGUAAAAAUGGUCAAACAUGCUGUUAUCUAGCAAGUCACAGACUUUACAGCUGCUGCCAUAAACCACGAGCUGUUUGUUGUACGGGCAAAAUGGACGGAAGGUGUUGUUCACAUGGUUUCAGGUAAGUUUGCAUGCGCUUAAACUGUACAACUACAACUUUCAACUUUCAACUUUUAAUUAUUGAAAUUUGGAAAUAUAUUACAAAUAAAAUACAUUGGGACUGGCCUGCAGUUAGCGAGGCUAUUCGAAGCAGGCCAGGCUACAUAAUUUACUACAAACUAAAUAAAUACAAAGAAAUUAGACGUUAUAUAAGUAUAUAUAUUUUACAGUAAAUAAAUAAAUACUAUUCUACUUAAAUACAAGGAAAAUAUUGGAGAGAAUUAAAAUGAAACGAAAGGACAAGAGAAUUACUUUUUCAUUUUGACAAUAAUCGUAUCUUCAUCAAUCUAGGAGUCUUCAGUUUGAAGGAUAUCGAGUAGUGUUGCUUUUAGUGAUCCUUUAAAAGCUUUUUUCCGUCUUUCUUUAAGAAUUUGAGGUAUCCCAUUCCAAAUUUUGACCCCAACACUCGAGAAAACAUUUCGUUUGACAUUGAAUCGAGAUUCUUUAGUAUAAAAAUGUUCAGAGGUUGAGGCACGUGUAUUGUAAGGAUGAACACUAGAAAUUCGAGAGAAGAGUUUCAAGAUGUUAUCCGGUGCAGUGUUUUUAUUUACAUCAUAAAACUACAAACAUAUUCUUAAUAUACAGCCUGUAAAGGCAGGUAAUUUUUUUUGCAUUGACAAAAAAAGGUAUUUCGUGGUCGUUUCUAUGAGCAAAAUAUGUUAAACGCAGUGCGCGUUUUUGAAGGACAAGAAUUUGGUCCUGGAAAGUUUUACACGCGUUGCCCCAAGAGAUAAGACCGUAAGUUAGAUAAGGUGUAAUAAGUGGCUGAUAAAUAUUUAGGAGGGUGGAAGUGGGAACAAUUAGUCUUAAUCUCGCAUUUAGACCAAUUGUUUUACUUAUUUUGUUUGCAACAGAGUGAAUAUGAAUCUUGCAUGAUAGAUUUUCAUCGAUUAACAGUCCAAGAUAUUUAAUAAAGUUUUUACGUUCAAGGGUAACCCUUUUAUUGCUUUCAUUGUCAAAAACAUUAAUUUGGAAUCACAGUUGAAUUUUUUUUGGUAUGGACGAAAAAUAACAUAGUUUGACUUUUUAUGACAUUCAGAGAAAGCUUACUUGAAGUCAGCCAGUUAAACAAGUUGUGUAAUUCUGCAUUUACUGUAAGUUCCAGUGUCUUUAAAUGUUUAUGAGCAUAAGGAGCGUUAGUGUCGUCAGCAAAAAGGAAAAAUUGUCAUUUAAUAUAUUAUACAUUUUGUAUAAAGCAGGAAGAGAAGUGGACCUAGGACAGAUCCUUGGGGUACGCCGCAAUUGAUAUUUAGUUUAUUAGAUAUAUGAGAGCCAAUUUCAGUAGUUUGUGUGCGAUUUGAUAAAUAAGAAUACAGCCAUUGAUUGACAAUUCCACGAAAGCCAUAAUAAUUUAGUUUUUCAAGUAAUAUAUUAUGACUCACAUUGUCAAAGGCCGCUUUUUAAGUCAAUAAAAACUUCAGAUGAAAAGAGUUUUUUGUCCAUAUUGAUUUGUAUAGUUUCUACCAUAUCAAGAAUAGCAUGUUGGGUUGAGUGAGCUUGACGAAAACCAUAUUGAGACGAAUAUAAUAGGCUGCGCUUUUCAAUUGAGUCUCUCAUUCUAUCGAACAUAAUUUCUUCGAAGAUCCUAUUGAAGUUUGAUGAUAAUAAAAUUGGCCUGUAAUUAGAAGUGUCGGUCUCGUCGUCAGCUUUGAAGAUGGGUAUAAUUUUUGACAUUUCAAGUUUUUGGGGUAGGCCCCAAGAGUGACAAAUGUAUUGAGAAUGUCUGAAAGAACUGGAGAGAUGGCGUCGCUUCAGUAUUUAAGAAGUUGAGAAGGACAGAAGUAUAAGCCAUGCGAUUUGCUGUUUGGUAUAGAUAAAAUUUGAAUUUGAAUCUCAGAUGGGGUUACAGCUUUGAAGAAAAACGAAAGUUGUGGCGAAUUGGACUUUCUUAGGUACUCUGUGAAGGGGCGCUCCGCUCCGCCGGUGGCAAUUUGCUUGCUGAGAUGUUGCCAACAUUUGAAAAUGUUUAUUUAAGAUAUUAGGUAUAUGUGAGGAAUAAUUAGCAAGGUUAUUGUUGUUAUUUUCGUUCAUUGCGAACGAGCAAAUUAUUCCCCUAAACACAUUUCUAAUACUUUCAUCAUACAAAGGGCAUAAACAUUAUGCAAUAAAAUUAUUUUUUAGCAUAUGUGACGGCCUUUUCGGUCGCCAUAUUAACGUCGCGCGGAGUAAACUUGGGAAAUUAGAAAGAACGAUAUUUUCAAAACGGAAAACGCUAGCACCUUGAAAACUUGCACAGAAAUUUAUUUUUAAGAGAUCUUUUGCUAGCUGGAGAUAAAACCUUAAAAGUACUUACGAUUUUGGAGUUCGGAUGUUUGUUGUAUCGCCCCGAAUAAAGGAUUCCAGGACAGUCUUGGAUUCUAGAUUCUAGGAACUGGAUUCCAGUCUUUGUCAGCAGAACUUGGAUUCUAGAAUUCCAAUCGUUAGUGGGAUUCCGGAUUCCCUGAGCUGUAGUCCAGAUUCCAUAAGCAAAAUUUUCCCGUAUUCCGGAAUCCGGAUUUCCAUUUCAUGGGUCGAAAUGGUACGGUUUUUACCAGUAGAAGUAAGUAGGGCCGACAGAAGCAUUUUAUGGCUGUGAAAAACUCGGGAAAAGGUUCUGGUUUUGUGACUUAUUCAUAUUUUAAAGUGAGUGCAUUUAGAGCAGUUUGAAAUGAUGGAAAGUGUAUGUGAAAGGGAUACUGUUAGUCAAAAGAAUGUGUAUAAUACGAAAGGGAUAUCUUUUCUGUAAAAAAUAUGGUAAUCAUGUCAAAUGCAGGUGAAUUUCUUCGUAGUUAAAUUCUUGGGGACCGCACUCAAAGUUUAGAAAGGAAAAAAAAAAGUAGUCGCUAUGUCUUAACGUCCUCCAUGAAACACGCAUAAGAAAAUUUCACGUCGUGGUCGUAAUAAAAUAUACCAUAAAGUGUGCUGCCUGCCCUUGCAAAAUUGGACGCCAUUCUAUUUCCAAGGACCAUUUUACAGCGUAGUUUCGCAGGGACCGCAACGAAAUUGACAGAAGAGUAUGACGGAUGCGCGCGCAGAGUUAUUGUUUUGCUUACUAAUCAUAAUUAUUACAAAAUUCUCAAAUCUGAUUGGGUAUCAACUGCCCUGAUUUUGUGCGCACUAAAGUAAAAAAAAAGGUAUAGACUAAUAAAGGUUUAAGAACGUUCUCUGUAAAGUAUUUCUGAAAUCAUAUUGUUUUUGUUCACAGCACAGUCCGAUCAAAAGUGAAACGGUUUUCCCGCUCGACCCGCAAAAUAUACACUCCUGCGUUGUGUGCCACAAUAAAUCUCACUUGUAAAAUAGCAUCGCGUCAGAGCAAAAAACCUCUCUCCUCUCCCCUGAUAUUAAAAAUUUUUCACGCCGAAGAUUAAAUGAUUAUGCAUACACUCUUCGGUCUGUUUUCAGCAGCAACACCUAGAACAAAAGGCUAUUGUUUUGGUGUAUUGGACCCGGUACAAUAGACAUAGUAAAUUCUACAAGCAGAGUACUGCAAUGCUGAUCGUAGUACGUGAAAAUUAACUCUGCAAGACAUCAACACGACACCGAAAUAACUCAAAAGAGAACGGGAUUGUAGCCACAGACAGCUGUUUUGCCCUCUUUGGGGCUCGUCAGUAUGCCGUAACAACCAGAGAAAGCUCUGAUGAAAAAUAUCCGCGCACUCUGAUUUAAGCCCUGACCUAGAACUCUCAACACCCACAGAAUCACGCCGUACCACGUGUCUUCUGGGGGGCAAGAGUCCAAGUGUCAAACUAAUGUCUCGCACAGAAAAUAAAGAAUUGGCCAAAACCAACCUCUAAAACAUUUGUACUUCCGGUACAAUAGACCAUUUCAUGAUUCGAUUCUUUCUUUGCUUUGCAGAUGUAACGAAGACGAUGGGAAUUGCGUUCAGAGUGUAACAAAGACGAAGCCAACCGACUUGGAUGCUACUGAAAUUCGUAGUUCUUACAGACAAUUACUCCCAGAUCAGCGUUUCGACUUUGAAUAA